CGACAUCAUCAACAUCUCCUCGCUGGCAGGUGAGCUGCAGGGGCUCAACCUGGGCAGCCUCCUGCCUCCCAAAGCAGAUCCGGCUGCUGGAGGCCACAUUCCUAUCCAACGAGGUGACCAGCAUGAAGGAGCUGAUGACCCGAGCCCUGGACCUGGAGUCACAGCGCUGGGCCUGGGAUGUGGCCCCCCAGAGGCUGAACGGCCACUGCCACAGCGAGCUGACCAUCGACAUCAUCCAGAUCAUCUCCCAGGGCGAGGCCAAGGCCAAGAGCAUCACACUGGACCUGGGCAAGCAGAUCAAGAGCAUGCUGCUGGCGGAGCUUGCUGCGUUUCUGAGGAGCUACCAGCGGGCCUUUGAUGCCUUUCUGGAGAGGUGCAAACAGCUGAGAAAUUACAGGGCCAAUGUCAUGGCCAAUAUCAACAAUUGCCUGACCUUCCA